AAUUGCCUAUUGAUUCAGUUUCGUUGUUUUCCAGUAGUAUCACAGAUGCCUCGGUAGUAUAACUUUCAAUUGCAUCACUUUCCGUUAUGGUUUGCUCCGUCGAAAAUGUAGUUUCCGUGGUUGAUGGAGACAACAUGGUCUUGAAUAUAUUGUUAUAAUUAUCAUUUGACCAAUCAUUAUCGGAUAAUUGAUGCGUUGAUUGAUCAGGCAUGAAUGAAGAAGGCAUAUCCCAUUCCCUCGAAUCAUUAUAAACAAAUUCAUUAUUAAUUGUGUCUCCCAUUCGAAUGAAAUACCAACGACCAAUACGAAAUCCGAUAUCGUAUUUCGGAUCAAAUGUUAUUUUAGCUGGAAUAUACAGAAAAUAUAGAAUAAUUUGCGAAAAUAUAGAAUAAAAUGCGAAAAGGAAUCUGAAAAUCUUUAAAGGAAAAGCUAUAGCGACUUACACAAAUCUACAAAGAAUCCACCAGAGUUACGAACGCGAUCUUGUAUCUCAGCUUUGUUGAGAUUUAUCAUUUCUCCAUUUUCUGAAUCGUUAUAUUCAGAUUUCCUUCCUAACAGACGAUCUUUUAAAGUUCGAAACCAAUCUCGCACUCCUUCACCGAAUUUAACACGUGUUAAAUCUCCUCGGAAUCCAAUAUUUUCUGAGAAAAUACGUCAUAUUGGUUUAGUGUAUUGUGAAAAGAGUAAUUUUCAUGAUUUCAACUAUUACUGCAGUAUAAUAUAAUAUUAUAAUAUAACAGUAUAACGUAAUAUUGUUUCAUGAUAUUACAAAUUCAAAUACAUCUACCCUCAGCUAGUUUAUUUAUUUGCAAUAUUAUUUUAAACAUUUAUAAUGAUUAUUUUAAGAUAUGUAAGAUCGCAAAAUUGAUAAUGAAAUGACUUCUCAAAUCGAUCAGUAUCGUAAUCCUAACUAUAGACAAUACAAGACCUUCGUUAUAAAGAGCAAUCGAGGUAGAAAUUUGACACGUCAAGAGAAACAGCAAAAAGAUUGGUAACCACAUGUUAACUCAACGCAAAAACGUUUUUAUUAACAAUAACUAUAUUUUUCCUUAGAUUUAUAUAUGUACGGCAGGAAGUACACGUCGUGCAUGUUAUGAUUAUCUCGUUAGUGCUAGCAAUUUUAUCAAUAAUCAAAAUAAAUUCAAGUUACUCUUGCGAAAGAUUGACCUUGACCAUUGUAAUAUUGAUAUAAUAGGAUAUCUCAGAUUGAGAAUACCAGAUAGCGUCGCACUAUGCCAAUGUUACAUGACAUAUUUUAUUAACGUAUUGCAUUAUUAUCAGAAUUAUACUGGGAUAACUUGGUUUUUGCUGUAUUGCAUAAAAGUUAACUCGUCUAGAGUUGCAUUGUUAAAGCUACAGCAUAUCUAACGAUCGUGGGUCAUGUGGAAACAUCAAGAUUUCAGCCGGUCUCGUAUUAAACGUGACAUCAUUAUGUUGUGGCACGGAAUAUUUACUCUGGAUUUUCAUUGAUCGGAGAAUGCCCAUGCUACCCAACGAACUCUCGAGGUCUUUAAUCUCCCAAACAGCCAGCCCAUUUCUAUCUUGGCUGGGUAGAGAGAGACAUGUCACGUGAUGCAGUGACGGAGGAACAUUUCUGUAGACCCGUAGUAGGAUACACAAAACGACCAAGUAUAUACUGAUGUUAUCUUGGCUAGACAAUUGUCAUUACACGGCCUGUAUUACCUAACACAUUUGAUUUGUUCAGUUAAUUUUUUUGAAAUUAUGUACUGUCGAGGUUUAACAGAUAUUGAUAACUUGAUUAAUCUUGGAACAGUUCCAACAUUUGUUGUUGUAUGGUAAAUAUCUAGGUAAAGCUUUGUGCAGCUGUGCUUGCCUGUAACGAACGAGGAAGAAACGCUGAGCCAAGUGGUCGUGGAGUGGGGAGAUUAAAAUGUUUGGCGAAGGUGCAAUGUGGGAUGAUUAUGGGAACAAUAACGAGGAUAAGGAUAAGGAAGAACCGCCUGAGAGACUUGUGGUUGAUGUAGAUAUACCACUACUUAAGAUUGAGCCAAUGUCCCCAACUAGGAGUAACUCUUAUGAAUCCCUACAGAGUCCAUCACAACUACCUAUUGUUACCCCAUUCAAGUUGAAAGAUCCAAUAAUUCUUCUCGAAAGAUGUGAUAAAAUUUGGGAAACUCUUAAAUUAAUUAAAAAUGUACAAAGUAAAGGAUCAGAAAAUGUGAUUAAUAAUUCUAUAGAAAAAAUAGAUACGACAAAUUUGACUGAAUCUUCUUUCGAAAAAGAUCCAGAACCAUCAUAUAUUAUAUAUCAACCAGUAUUGGGUAAUAAUAACAGUGCAUUACCAAAUUUUAAAUUUUCAGUUAAGAGCACUAAGAAAUUAUUUCAUUGCAAUGUAUGCGGUAAAGAGUAUAGUGAAAAUCGAUCCCUUAGAUCCCAUUCACAAAAAAUACACGGUAUAUAUAUACCACCUAAACGUAAAUACAAUAAGUCUAAAUACAAAGAGAUCAGUAAUGAAUGUAUAAAUUCUGAUCCUAUUGCACAACCUACAAACUGCACAAAAAUAAAUGAAAACGAUUUUCAAACAGAAAAGAAAAAUAAUUUGUUAGAUAAGGAUAUUGUCCAAACAAAAUAUGCAUAUCGUGGAAAAUGUCCUCUGUGUAAACGCACUAUAACAGAUUUGCAUAAGCAUUUAACUGAAUAUCAUAAAAUAGGGUGUCCAAAUCUUGUUAUGAAAGAAUUAGAAAGUAAUGCGCUAGUAUCUCCAAAUAUUAGUCUUCAGGAUUUAACAAAAGCAAUGGUUAAUACAAUGUCAUCAUCUGAGGUUUCAGAUAAUGAGAGUACAAUGAUAUCAGAACAAAUGCUACAAAAAAAAAUGAACUUGAAUGAAAUACCAAAUCUUGAAAAUGCUUCUGAGAAUUUAUAUACAGAAGAAGCUUCCAAAUUCAAAUGCGAAAUAUGCCUUGGAGUAUAUGCCAGUUAUAAUAGUUUUUAUAAACAUAGUCGUAUUCAUAGGAGUCGAGGAGAAACUAAAAAUAAUUUCAAUGUUCUCAAAUGUCGUUACUUAAAUUCUCCAUUAAAUGCCAAACGUACUGAGUUAUUAUUAUCCACAGUUACUUCUAAUCCACAAAAUAAAGAAAAGACUAAAACAUUUUCAUUGGAUUCCAACGAAGGUGUGAAUUCACAAGAGCAUGAAAACAAUUCUUAUAAUUACAACAAUAGAACAAGAGGAAGUAAAAAAUAUCUUGAUAGAUCAUGUAUUUGCGGAAGAUCAUUUCGCGAAUAUCAUACUUUAGUAUUACACAAAAAUAGUUGUAAGUUUAAAGAUGCUAGUGAAACAGAGUCCUUUAUGGAAGACAAUCCUGACCGAGACUCUGGAAAUGGUAUUAAUAUUAAAAUAAAGAAGAAAAAUGAUUCUUAUGAAAUAGUUAGCAGAGAUAGUGGUGAUGAAAAUAAAUCUAAGGAUUCUGGCCAUCCUUAUGACUGCGAUACUCCAUCAGAUAUUUCAGAUAUUAUUUUUGAAAAUACUAAUGAAGUAUGUGAAGAAAAUCAUUCUUUGAACGCACUCGAAUCCUCUAAAUAUAGUAAAAAUCAUAGUAUACUGAAAAUAGAAACGAUUGAUGAAAACAUUGAUGUUGAUAUAGAGGAAGAUUCACGUAAUAUACCACUUAAUGAAAAUGAAAAAAAUAACCAGAUUAAUGAAAACAUGCAGAUUAGAAAGACACAGGAACAAAAAGGAAAUAUUGAAGUAGUGCCUCCUACAUAUUUAUGUGAGACAAUUAUGACAGAACAAUCAGAAACGACAGAUGAUUUAAAUAUUUUGAAAACGAAACAAAAGUCAAUCGAUGCGGAAAACACUACAGAUUUAAUCAAAUCUAAGAAAAAAAAAUCAAUUGAGAAAACAAAAACUUCAAAUCUUUUUAAAAAGAAAAAGGAAAAUUUGAUUAAAAUUGAUAAUCAAAAAUCAUUAUCUAAUACGUCAAUGUAUGUAAACACAAUCUGUCCUUGUGGUGAAUCAUUUCAGACUUUGAGAAGCUGCAAUUCACAUAUAGCAAAAUGUCAUCCGUUAUUUCUCAGAUGCGGUUACUGUACAGAAAGAUUUAAUAGUAUUGGCGAAUACAAUAAUCAUAGGUGUAAUGUGAAGGUAGGGAAAAAAUUUAGUGAAUUACAAGCAGAUAUGUCUUGUCCUUUUUGUCAUACUAUCGUAAAAAACAAAAAUGAAUUUGAUCAACACAUUAAAUUUCAACAUUUUGAUCCAGAAUUACCUUAUCAAUGUCAUGAAUGCACACAAAAAUUUCCUAGUAGUACAGGGUGUCAAUUACACUUCCAAAGGGCACAUGGCAAAUGUGUAUGUAAUGUGUGUGGUACAAAAUUAACUGCCGCAGCAAAACUUAGACAUGAAGGAUAUCAUUAUGGUCUUGGGUUCCCAUGUCACAUAUGUAAGAAAACUCAUUCAAGUCGAAAACAUUUAAUAAAUCAUUAUGAAAAUAUACAUGGAGAAACUGAUAAGUUAAUGACAUGCAAUAUUUGCUUACAACCGAUAAAGAAAAAGUCAUAUAGUUGGCAUAUUUAUUCUCAUAAAACUGUAACAGCAUGUAAACUAUGUAAGAAGGUCUAUUGUGAUGCAAGAACUUUAGAGCAUCAUGUUAUAUCAUCUCAUCAAGGUAAAUAUCCCUGGAUUAAAUGUAAUUUUUGUACCAGAAAAUUUUGCAAUAAAGAGUUACUAGAAACUCAUAUAAAGAAAGAAAAAUGUAAUCGUUAUCCUCUCGAAGUUCAAAAGAAGUCAAGAAAAAGUUCAAAAGAUCGUACUUUAUUGCAUAGUUAGUGUUUUAAGGCAAUGUAUUUUUACAAUCUUAAAUCAAUUUUGUUUCCUUAAUGAGAAUAAAUUAAAAUUAAAGUACAUAUAAUUUUAUUGCAUUUGAUAAAUUGUUAUGAUAAAGAUAAUUUACAUUUUGAUUUAUAUUUAACAUAAUAUAAUCGAUUAUUCAACAUUUUUAAUAUAAAUAUUUAGUGUCAUUGCCCUAGUUAAACUGAUUGACUGCUUAUAUUUGACUUAGAUAAAUAGAGUAUUGUGAUAAUUGUAAUAUAUAUUUAUAAUACAUGCUUGUGCUUGGCUAUAUGAAUAUCAAUGUCGAUAAUAAUUAUAGCUCUUGACUAAUGCACUUUAUAAAUUUAAAAUAUAAUCAUCCUAAAUCAUUAAUAUUAGAAGUGUCACUAGACUACAUUACAAUUAACAAAAUAAUAAAUAUUAUUCAUUUGGAUAUUUUAUAUUUAAUGCUUCCAUGUUAGAAAUAUUGUAAAUAUUCCUGCUACAAAGAUAAAGUAGACGUUUAAAUAGCAAGAAUAUUGAUUGUAACUUUUUUUUUAUUUUUCAAGAUAACAAAUCGUUGAAAUUAAUAAUUUAAUGACUUAACAAAUGUAAUAAUAUGUAACAUUAAUUAGAAAAUCCAUAAAUAUACAAGUAUAUAUACUUAAAUAUUAUAGUAAAAAUAUAUUUUUUAAUGUCAUAGUUUUAAUCAUUUAUGAACAAAAUGUUGAUGUAAUCUAUAAGAAAAUGUACAAUUCUUUUAAUAUACACCAAAGGGCAAUGACUAAUAAAUAUAAUAGAAUUGUUACGACACAAUUCCAUUCCAAAUAUUGUAUGAAGAAUUUCAUUUUUUUUUUUAUUAUUAAUUAAAACUAAGAAUCUAAUAAGACCAAAUUAAAUAUUAAUUGUAAUACAUUAAUUAAACAUGUACAUGUACAUAUACAUGUAUAGGAUAGAUUAUAUAAAGUAUUACAAAUUGUUUACAUUGGAAUCAUUACAGGACUUAAAUAUUGCUUUAUAUCCAUAACUACAUAAAUGAUUUAUUUAUUUAAUGGAAUAUAACUUUAAAUUCAUACCUAUAGUAAUUUGAUAAAAACAAUUUGUGAAACUUUAUGCAUAUCUCUCUUUAUAUGUAUGUGCAUAUACAUGUACAUAAUAUAUAUAAUUAUUUUUAUAAUAGGUUAUUAAUUGACUGUGCAACUUUGCACCGAUAAUUCUUGAUUUUAACAAUUUCUUUAAAAAUUAAAAAUAAAUAUAAUUAAUAGUUAGUAUAAAAAAUGUAAUAGGAAUUUAUCAAUUAAAUUU